AACCUGGGCUGUAUCUCACAGUGAUAAACUGUCCUGGGAUAUAAAGCAACCAGAUAGAGAGUGUCCUUCCUUAUCAGCACUCCUGCACUCAACAUGAUCUGGGUCCUCUUUGCUGCUCUUGCGUUGGUCUCUGCGGCUUUGGGAUGUGGAGUUCCCUCCUACCCACCCAGUCUCUCCAGAGUUGUGGGGGGAGAGGCUGUCAGACCCAACAGUUGGCCUUGGCAGGCCUCCCUCCAGUACAGUUCCAGUGGCCAAUGGCGUCACACAUGCGGGGGAACCCUCAUAGCCACCAACUGGGUUAUGACAGCUGCUCACUGCAUCAGCUCUUCUCGAACUUAUCGUGUGCAGCUUGGGAAGUAUGACCUCACAGUCAGCGAGAAAGGAUCGGUCUCACUGUCUCCACAAAAGAUCAUAGUGCACCCCAAAUGGGACUCGAGUAAGGUUUCCAAUGGGAAUGACAUCGCGCUGAUCAAACUUUCACAACACGUCACCCAGAGCGACACAAUCCAGCCAGCGUGCCUCCCACCGGCCAACAGCAUCUUACCCGGAAACACUGCUUGUUACGUGACAGGCUGGGGAAGGCUGCAAACAGGCGGUGCGUCCCCAAAAGUCCUCCAGCAAGGCCGCCUGCUUGUGGUGAAUCACGCAACCUGCUCCCAGUCCAGCUGGUGGGGCAGCACGGUGAAAAGCAGUAUGGUCUGUGCAGGCGGUGAUGGCAUCAUUUCUAGCUGCAAUGGGGACUCCGGCGGUCCGCUCAACUGCAAAUCCGGUAGCAAGUGGGAGGUGCAUGGAGUGGUCAGUUUUGGCUCUUCUCUUGGAUGCAACUACCCCCGUAAGCCUUCUGUUUUCACCCGAGUCUCUGCUUUUAACGACUGGAUCGCUCAGGUGAUGCAAAACAAUUAACCCAAGGAGCACUAAGAAACAGUGAGUUACGGCUGACAAUAUCAUCAAACCAGCUGUGAAACAAACAAAAGAAAAACAUCAAUAAAGUAACCAACACUCUGCAGUCA